ACUUAUACCCAUCAUCCCACCCAAAAAUAAAGAGGUGAAAUUGUUUCUUCUCGAAGAAAUAAAAAACUAAAACAGCGAUUCUAGCAUCUUCCGCUUCGAACCGACGCCGUCAGUUCAUGGACAAGGAGAUAAUGGACUUAACAUCAUCUUCUUCACCUCCCCAAAAUUCCAACAACGAUCACACCAAUCUGAUUAAUCACCCACAAAAUGAAGAUAUUCACAAUCAAGGCUCUGGGUUUACUGCUGGUAACAAUGGGAUUAAUAACAAGGAAGAGAUCGUUCCUUGCUAUGAUUUCCAACCAAUCCGACAUGUUUCAGCUAGCCUUGAUGCCCCUGCAAUCAAUAAUAAUCCCAAGUCUUGGAGUUUGAUCGAUUCUAAAAUUAAGUAUGGUUCUCUUGACUCACUUGAACCUGUAAAAGACAUUCAAGAAAAGGACCAAAAAGCUGUUGACACGUCAUUAGUGGCUGCAAUUGAUCAAACCUUGAAGAAACAUACUGAUAAUUUGAUGCACAUGUUAGAAGGUGUUGGUGCCCGACUCACACAGCUGGAGAGUAGAACCAGUAACCUCGAGACCUCUGUGGAUGAUUUGAAGUUGUCUAUAGGAAACAAUCAUGAAAGCACUGAUGGGAAAAUGAGAUUGCUAGAGAAUAUUUUAAAAGAGGUGCAGGCAGAGGUGCAUAUUGUAAAAGAAAAUCAAGGGAGUUUAGAAGCUCUUGUACAGCUUCCUAAGCCACAGUUGUCCAAGAGAGACCUGCCAUCAGAAACUCACAGCACUCCACAUAUGGAUUCCUUGCAACAAGCUGCAUCUGCUCCUUUUCAGUCUCACCAACAGCUUCCUCCGGCUGCUGCUUUUCCACAAUCACUUUUGUCUACGCCACCCCCUCCACCACCUACUGUUCCUCAAGCUGUUCCCCAGCGAAAUCUGCCUCCUACAGUCCAGCACCCUGACCAAUUCCCACCGCACCAAAUUCCUUCUGUCCCUCAACGAGAUGCUUACUAUCCACCACCUGGCCAACCUCAGGAGACUUCAAGACAGCAAUUCCCGAUGCCUCCUACUCAUCAAGUUCCUUCUGUCCCUCAGCGAGAUGCUUACUACCCACCUGCCCAAACACAGGAGACUCCAAGUCAACAAUUCCCCAUGCCUCCUGCUCAGCAGCCACAGCACUCUCCUGCAGCACUGCCUAAUCAGCCAUAUCAACCAGCCCCUCCACCUCACUACUCUCAACCACCACAGCCCCUUCAAGUCCAACCUACCAUAGGCCACCAUCCCGAAGAGGCAUCUUAUGUUCCUUCUCAGACGUAUCCACAAAACGUACACCAGCCACCCUCCCAACCACCCAGUGGCCCUCCUUCCUCCCAACAGUAUUUUGGGAUUCCAUCUCAAAUGCAUGAGCCACCGUCCAGAAGGCCUGGUCCCGGGUUUUCAACUGGAUAUAUCCCACAAUCUGGGGCAAGUGAACCAUAUGGUUAUGGUGGAUCAUCUCCACAAUACAGAAGCUCCCCAAUGAAAAUGCCGCAGCUCCCAUCAUCUACCGGAAGUGGUUAUCCACAGUUUUCGACAGCUAGGGUACUACCACAUGCAUUGCCCACUGCCUCCGGUGUUGGUGGUGGACCAACUCCAUCUGGACCUGGAAACAGGGUUCCCAUUGAUGACAUUGUCGACAAAGUGACCAGCAUGGGUUUUCCUAGGGAUCUUGCUAGAGAGACUGUUAGAAAAUUAACUGAGAAUGGGCAGGCAGUUGACCUCAAUGCGGUGUUGGAUAAGCUAAUGAAUGAUGGUGACUUACAGCCACCGAGAGGUUGGUCUGGGAGGUAAACCGUGUAUCAUUGAUUCAUGUUCAUGUAUAGGAAUGAUCAUUGCUUCUGAACUCUGAUUGAACUCAUUUGCAGCUUAGGGAGGUAAACCAGGAAUCAUUGAUUCAUGUUCCUCCCACUUUUCACAAUUUUCUUC